AUGUUUCAGAAAAGGGUCAGCAUCGUGAUCAGUUUUGGUUACGUAUCACGGAGCGCUUUUGUAGGGGAACGGGUCGAAGUCCAGAUUAUCGGACCUCUGACCAAUGUAACUCCAAUGAACAAAGUCGUCACACAUUGGAAUGGAAUUUACACAAACUUUGAGAAGCAAUGGACUAGCGGAGAAAGUGAAGCGAGUUUGUUGAAAAAAACACACAAUGCAUUCCAAGAUGAUAUGCAAAAGUCUUUUAAGUUUAUUCAUGUGUGGGAAGUUGUCAAAAGAAGCAUUAGGUGGAGGGAGCUUGCAACAAAUGAAGAAAUUGCAAAUCCGCCAAAGUGA